AUGUCUACGGUCGAUUUGCCCAAGAUUGCCGUGGUUGGGAUAGGGGCCUUGCUUCCAAGCGGCAGCCUUUCCGAUAGAAAUCUGGAUUAUCAGGCCUUUUUCGAGUUCUUGUUGCGAAAAGGAGAGGCCUACGAGCAAAUACCCGAAGAGAGAUUCAACUCACAAUAUAUGCGUGGUCGCGCAACUGGGCAAGUGCUUUGUGAUCAGGGCGCAUUCCUAAAAGGACUAGACACAUUCGAUUUUCUCGAGUUUGGCAUUACUGCGAAAGACGCUCGCUACAUGCCGCUGAGCACGCGCAAGCUGAUUGAGGCGUCAUUUCUGAGCCUGCAAGACUCGGGAAUAGAAUAUCGCGGUCGCAAUGUCGGCUGUUAUAUGUCUGGAGUUUCUCAUGACUUCUAUACAUUGUCGGGUCACGAUGACGUUGAGGCCAAAGGAUCUUUUGCAUACGCCCCGGCAACCAUCGCUAAUAGGGUGUCUUACCACCUGGAUCUUCGUGGGCCAUCAAUUCCGAUAGACACCGCAUGCAGCUCGACCUUGCAUACGACACAUCUAGCUGUUCAAGCUCUUCGAAACGGAGAAUGCGAGGCGGCUGUGGUGGGAGGAUGCCAGAUAAAUUGCCGCUUCACCGAGUGGCUGAUUUAUACUCAAGGCGGCAUUCUCUCUCCAGACGGGAAGUGUAAACCAUUCGACGCCUCAGCCAAUGGGUUUGGUCGUGGAGAAGGUGCCGUCGCGAUUGUGUUGAAACCACUACAGAGUGCCCUUCGAGAUCACGACCACAUUUACGCAACUAUUCUAGGCACUGGAGUUAAUUCAUGCGGCUCAAUUGCUCCUGCCAGUGCCCCUGUCGCAUCUGCGCAGAGAGAUGCGAUGAAACGUGCAUUUGCUCAAACGAGUAGAUUGCCAGAGGAGGUAGACUUCCUCGAGUUGCAUGCUACAGGAACUGCUCAAGGAGAUCCCACCGAGGCAAACUGGGUUGGGGAAGAGUUCAAACGAGAUGACGAGAUUCUCAUUGGAAGCGUGAAGGGCAAUGUAGGCCACCUUGAGAUUACCGCCUUCCUCGCGUCUCUCUGCAAAGUCUGUGGCAUCUUCGAGACCGGGCUCAUCCCACCGAAUGUCAACUUCUCGCGCCCUAAUCCCGCGAUACGCUGGUCCGAGUACUGUCUACGGGUGCCAACCGAAGUAGAGCGCUUGAAUGUCCGGUCUUCGAACCGUCCGCCACUUGUCGCGAUGACGAGCUCCGGCAUUGGUGGAGCUAAUGGGCACGCUGUUGUCGAAGGUCCUCCUGCUGCGGGUGCGGAUAUUCCUGUGUUCUGGCUACAAGGAACAGUCGCGCCUUCUCUUCUUGUUGCUGGUGGACUAUCCCCUAGGUCCGCUGUCGCUGUCGGCGAGUCUCUACUGAACGUUUGGGGCAGCGAGAACCUCGCUGGUCUGUCAAAAGUCUAUGGUCGCCGGGCACGAUCCAUGACAUGGCGCUCCUUCGCUGUCGCCGGUAGUGGCAAAGCACCCAAAUUCAACGAGCCUGUGAUAGUUCCCAAGUACAAGUCGCCUAUCGUUUUCGUCUUCUCCGGUCAAGGCACCCAGCACUUCCAGAUGGGACGUGACUUGUACAGGACAUGCGCCCCUUUCCGUGCAAGCAUCCUCGAGCUUGACGAGGUCUACACGGCUGCCACAGGCUCCUCGCUGAUUGAUAUCGGUCUUUUCACGGACACGGUGACAGAGACCAAGGACCCACUCGGAGACCCUUGGCCCAUCGCCAUCACUCUACCUGCCCUGACGAUGCUCCAGCUUGCCCUCGUCGACACCUUAGCUGCUGUUGGCGUGACGCCUGACGUUGUCGUCGGCCACUCGGCUGGUGAGACCGCUGUCCUAUCUGCCUCUGGAUCUGCAUCUAAGGCCAUGGCGCUUGAGGUUGCGAUCGCGCGCGGUCGAGCCAUGACUUCUCUUGAGAAGGCGAGCGGAACCAUGGCGGCUGUGUCCUGUUCUCCUGAGGAGGCCCGUCGCAUAAUCGCCGAAGUCCGUGCGGAGCUGGACGAAGGAACACUCACGGUCGGAUGCUACAACACUCCCGCCGCCAUCACGAUGUCUGGCGCGGAGUCGCACAUCGAUCUAGCUGUCAAGAAGGCGAAUGCUGCUGGUAUCUUCGCGCGCAAGCUCCGCACGAGGAUCCCUGUGCACUCGGAGAUGAUGGAGCUGUGCCGCGCGGAGUUUGAGAAGCUCGUACAGGAAGUCUUUUCCCGCUAUCCAGUGUCGGCCCCCGUUGUCGAGACCUACUCCACAAAGACCGGCGGAAGGUUUACGGGAAAGUUGGACGCGCAGUACUUCUGGGACGGCACACUGGGUCCUGUCCGCUUCUCGGAGGCGAUCUUUGCGUUGUCUGAAGCACACAAUUCUGCGACAUAUGUCGAGAUUGGGCCGCAUCCAGUUUUGACAAGUUACAUUGUGUCCAUGACAGAGAAGCACACGCUCGUCACGUGCCCACUCCGUCGUCAGCGUGUCCCGGAACCUGGCGCGGAGGCUUCGGAGCUCCUCGCCGCCCUCGGAAAACUUGUCGUAGCAGGACACAACUGCGUUAACUUCGACGUCCUCACUGGCGGCGCAAAGCUCAGUGGAAACGCUCUCCAAUACCCCUUCGCGCCAAAGGUUGUCCCAUGGCGAAUACAGAGCGCAGAGAUUGCCAGGCAAAUGCAACGACGCAAUGGGCCUCUUAACUAUCCACAACUCCAGGUCAACGCGUACACUCACCCUGACCUCGCAGACCACAUCAUCAAGGGGGAACCUAUCAUGCCGGCAGCAGGGUUUGUUGAGAUGGCAUUUGAGUUCGGCGCAGUGGCUGUUUUCGACGUCGAGUUCCACGGUCUUCUCCCGCUUUCUUCCGAGAGGCCUGUCCCUGUGGAAGUCAAAUUGGAAGGCAUCCGCUGGAGCGUCGCUAGCGCAUCUUCUGUAGACUACUCGAAAACGUGGCCAAUUCAGUACAACCGGCGCCAUGCAUCCGGCUUCUUGUCUUUCGAGCCUAUUGACCCGUCAAGCGUCCGGACAGUGGAUCUGGAGUCUCUCCGCAACAGGAUGACUGCUGUCGAGAUGAAAGGUUUCUACCAACAGAUGGGGUCCUUUGCUCAAUUUGGACCGAUGUAUCGUAGGAUCCAAACCUGUCACGUUUCCCGAGGACCGAACGGAUCUGUCGAGGUUCUCACUCAGGUUCGAGGCGCGGAUGACGACAUACCGACCAUUGCGGACUAUCGCUUCCAUCCUGCCGUUCUAGAUGCAGCCAUCCAUGUCAUGGUACAUCCCAUUCUGACCGGAAACUUUGAUCCCGAAUUGUACCAUCUUCCAUCCCGAAUCUCCUCCAUCCGCCUCUUACGCACCGGGCCCCUUCCCAGCACUGUAUACGGUUACGCCACUCUCGUCAAGUGGUCUCCGGAUGCUAUCACUUACAAUGCAACCAUCUUUGACGAUCUAGGAACGCCCAUAUGCGCCCUCCUUGGAAUCGAUGUUGCGUUGCAUGGUCACCGCGUCAAGACGAUUCCAAGGCGCUACGAGGUCAUAUACCGUCCUAUCGAUCUCACCCUCUUCAGCGAUCACAGCGGGGCUGCACUCUCUGGGGCUUUGAACCCUGAUGUGCCUCGUUACGAGCAGCCCUCCGUGGACAAUGGUAACCGAUACAUGACUCCUUCUUCCUUGCCGAACACAGGAUCCGGGUCGACCACCGGGACAAGUAUUCCGCUGUCGUUCAAUGGCGAACCCCUUCGCUCACUCAUCCUACAAUACGUCAGGGGUCAGGAGAUGAAUAUCCAAGCCUACUUGGCCACAUUGGACGCUUCCGAGCAAUCAUCCGUCCUCUUCAUUGCUGAAGAGGGACCGGACGGCGAUGCUUCACUCGGCUUCACCAGGGCGCUCCGUCGAGAGUAUCCUACAUGGGUUAUUCGCGUUGCCACCUUUGAUCCCUCUUGGCCCCCAGAUCGCAGAGCUCAAGCAUCGCAUGAGCUCAUUUACCGAGCAGAGAAAGAGCUAGAACUCAAGGUGAACGCCGAUGGCUCUGUCAUCGUCCCUCGCGUCGAGCUGGCGGAGCCUCCUCCUUCGCGCGUGCCAUUCUCUCUGGACCAGCCUUGGACACUAGAGGAUGGACAGGUCCUUCGUAUCGACCUUCCUCUCCCCUCCGCAGACCACAUCAUAGUGCAGGUCGACGGCGUCACACGGAACUCCACAGGCCUUCAUCAAUUCGUUGGCAGGGUGCAUGGCUCCUCCCUUCCGGUCGUUGGCAUCACGCCCAAGACUAUCUCCAGCCAUAUGCAGGUCCACAAGCAGACCGUCAUCGACUUCAAAUAUGGAGUAACUUCGGAUAGCAGUUCAUAUCUCUCUGUGCCACCUCUUCUAGCGUCUACUACCCUCGCUCUUGCCAUCGGACCCGACGCCUUGGGACAUCCUGAGCGCCUCAAAGGGUCUGUUAUCCUUAUUCACGACGCUGAUGGAGAACUCGGUCCUCAGAUGUGUGACCUCUGCGAGGAACUUGGUGUGGAGGCGAGUCUCAUCUCUGGCCUGGGGACGGCCGAGCUUGCGCCCAGCUAUCUCAGGAAGCCCAACGUCAUUCUCUCUGGCACCCGCGAGAGAAAAGAAGCAACGAUUCUUCGUUCUCUGCUGGCCUCUAGUCGUGUACGUAUGCUACUCUGGAACGAUCCGGAAGAGGGUGUCGCAGGAAUCACUGCACGGGAUCCGUGGGCGAUGGGGGAUGCUCUUCGUUCAUCGCUCGAAUAUCACGACAAUCGGAAAGCCCCACCGGUUUCACUCGUCCCUCCUUCUCAGCGGAUUCCCGAGGGGGUGACUACUGCAUCCUUAGCUGUUGAUCUCUUCGAUCCGAAGAAGAGCUAUCUACUCAUCGGCGGUAUUGGCAGUCUGGGGCUUUACACGGCGCUUUGGAUGUACCAGCACGGAGCCCGUCAUCUCAUCCUAACAUCGCGUUCUGGACCGUCUACCCUGGAUAGGGCAGGAGAUUGGGUCUCUCAGCGCGUCCUCCGCCAUCUUCGUGAACUCUCUGAUCUUACACUUCAAACACCUGCAGUCGAUGCAACAUCUGUGAAGGAUAUGGCGGCCCUUCUACGACGUAUGCCAGCUCCCCUAGGCGGAUGCAUGCUUAUGGCCGCUUUGCUCAAUGAUCGCAGUUUUUCGUCGCAUACUCAAGAGACAUUCGACAUCGUCUUCCCCCCCAAGGUUGACGCGUUCAAGGUGCUCGAGCGUGUAGUGGACCUCAAUUCUUUGGACUUUUUCAUCACGUACUCCUCGAUCUCGGGAGUCUUCGGGAAUGCUGGUCAAACUAACUACGCGGCCGCAAAUUCUGCCUUGGCUGGAAUGACGCGCAAGUACAAGAACGCAUUCUCAAUCGUCUCACCUGCAAUCACAGAUAGUAGAUUGGUUUCAACAACGGACGGCUCCUAUCAGUCUCGCUUGCGUCACGUCAUUGCAUGGGGCAUGUCCGCUCGAGAACUCUGCGAUCACAUCGGUGAUGGUAUUCAGAAGUUGCGGGAUGGUCCCGUAUGGCAGUAUGUGCCCAGCUUCGAUUGGCGUGCGGUUCAAGACAACAUGGGCUCCUCUCCCAUGUACGACCAUCUCGUCCCAGACGAUGGCGGCGAGUCGGCCCCGCAGGACGGUGAUGGCAAGCCCUCGCUAACUCAGAUCGUCUGCGGUAUUCUCGACAUGAAGGAGGAAGACGUCUCCCCCGAUGUUCCGCUCACUUCAUAUGGGUUGGACUCUCUCUCUGCAGCAUCUCUCUCUUUUGCCCUGCGACCGAUUGUCGCUGUCUCUCAGCUGCAGUUGCUGGCUGACCUGACAGUUAGAGACCUCCUGUUGAGGAUAGACGAUGCGGCAGCCACGUCUUCUCCCGAGGCACCCCUUGCUACCUCAUCCCCGUCCCCUGAAGCGAAUGUCACUGGAGACAAGAUUCGCAACAUGGAGGCAUUGGUUUCUCGACUCACAGUUGACUUGUCUCCAUCGCUGGUGCAAAAUCUGUCUCAGCGAGACACCCUUGGGUCGAUUGUCAUCACAGGAACAACGGGUAGUCUCGGAGCCCAUGUACUUGCACGGCUUCUUCAGGAUUCAAAUUUCAAGACAAUCUACGCGUUGAUUCGGGAGGACAAUGACCGGACUGCUCCUAAGCAGCGCCAAAUUUCGGCAUUUGAGCACCAUGGGCUCGACAUCUCCCUCCUCGAAUCUUCCCGCUUCGCAGCUGUGGCGUGCGCUCUUGACAAGCCGUUCCUUGGACUACCGAGGGACCUGUAUGAAGAGAUUCGGACUAGCGUCUCUCACAUUGUCCUUCUCGGGUGGCCCAUAAAUCUCCAAUCCCCGCUGUCAUCUUUCGAGAGUCCCCUCGUGGGAUUACGCAGGCUUAUCGACUUGGCAAAAGAGGCCCAGGAAUUUGGUCUAGUCUCUCUUCUCUACAGCAGCAGUUUCGGUAUCUUCCGCAAUUACCAGGGUACUUCUCCGCCAGAGGAAACGCCCAUCGACGCGGGCGUUGCAGUCGGUACAGGGUAUUCCGAGUCCAAAUGGGUGGCUGAAAAGCUUCUUGAGAUCGCGGGGGACAGGAACGUUGUCCGACCCGUUAUCGUCCGUAUUGGGCAGCUGAGUGGUGGUGUCAAUGGCGCUUGGAAGGAGUCCGAAUGGUUGCCAGCCAUGAUCUGUGCCAGUGCCACAAUGGGAUGUCUUCCCCAAGGGGACGGGUUGGUCUCCUGGCUUCCGGUCGACGUCUGUGCUUCUAUGGUAGCGGAAAUCGCGCAGUUGAGCUCCAAUACCGUGUUCUUCCAUCUGCGACAUCCGAGACCUAUGUCGUGGUCGGAUACCAUGCAUAACUUCUCUUUAGAGCUCAAAGUCCCCGUGAUUCCAUACCAGAGUUGGCUUUCAAAGCUCGUACAGACCGUGCAAUCCUCGGACCCCCACAUAGCCCACUAUCUCGCUCCCGCUGCCAGACUCCUGCCAAUUUGGAAGUCCAUAGCCGCCCAGGCCACCGAUCGACGAAGUCUUGUGUCAGAGAGCAUCGGCAUCGGCAUUCUAUUGGACAUCGAGAACAGCGCUCAGCACUGCGCAGCUCUUCGCAACCAUUCGCUGCAGCAACUCGGACCGGACGAUGUGGGUAGAUGGGUAGAAUACUGGAAGAGAGUUGGCGCGAUGUCCUCUGCAUGAAUUCCUGUCUUGUCUUGUUC